AUGGGGCGCACUGUAAGCAACCUCGUGGUCAGCUGCUGCGGCCAUUUCCACGACGACAGAUCCCCUGGAUUGUGUUCGAUCCCCAAUGCGACACAAACAUCCAAGAAGUCGGCCUUGCGCCACGAAAACCUAGUAUCGACGCCCCCUCCCCAAGUUCCCCCCAAGCCCCCCACAUCGUCCUACAACUCUGUGAUCAUGUCCGACGCCACGACCAACGACAAGUCGAUUACGGACCUCAAGUUCAACGGCUGGAAGGUCAUGUUCACCACCUAG